AAUCAUUUCAAUCCAGUUCCUGUUGGUUGGUUUGUUUGGGAUUGGGUUGAAUAGAGUGAAGUGAAAUUGUGGAAAUCGGAUUGUUGUGUUAAAUACUAUAAGAAACUGAUGUGUCUUAGCGUUAAGAAUUUCGGGACGAAUUAAGUAAGAUAGACAAUCAACAUUUAAAAUGAUGCCGGAACAGAAGUGAUCAACUUAUUUUCAAUUUGAUUCAAUCGUAGGCUUAUAGGCUAUUUCAUUGCCGAUUUUUAACCGGUUCAACAAUGGGUGUUCCAGCCUUUUUCAGGUGGCUAAGCAGAAAAUACCCAUCAGUUAUAGUCAACUGCAUUGAGGAGAAGAACACACAACUCGAUGGAACUUUUAUACCAGUUGACUCUUCUCAACCGAAUCCAAAUGGAGUGGAAUUUGACAAUCUAUAUUUGGACAUGAAUGGAAUAAUCCAUCCUUGCACUCAUCCGGAAGAUAAACCAGCUCCAAAAAAUGAAGAUGAAAUGAUGGUCGCUAUUUUUGAGUGUAUUGACCGACUUUUCCGUAUUGUUCGGCCCAGAAAAUUAUUGUACAUGGCGAUUGAUGGGGUGGCUCCAAGGGCUAAAAUGAACCAACAGCGAUCAAGACGUUUUCGAGCUUCAAAAGAAACAGUUGAGAAGAUUCAAGAGAUAGCUCGUGUCAGGAAGGAGAUGUCAGCCAGAGGACUGAUUCUGCCCCCAGAAAAAGCAAAGGAAGCUCAUUUUGAUAGCAACUGUAUUACUCCAGGCACACCAUUUAUGGCACGGUUGUCUAAUUGCCUCCACUACUACAUUCAUGACAGACUGAACAAUGACCCAGGCUGGAGAAACAUCAAAGUCAUCCUCUCAGACGCUAACGUGCCAGGGGAAGGUGAACACAAGAUUAUGGACUACAUUCGGAGACAACGAGGUGAUUGUUAUAAAUAUUAAGUAAUUGUGGUAACAGAUUUCAUUAUU